AAAUGACGUUCGCCAUCCGCAUCUUUUAGCGUCGGCCUCUGUGUGUGUGUUUAGCGUGUAAAUAAUAAUAAAUUCGUUACAAUAUUUUCCCGUGGCAAAAAAUAAAAAUAAUUGCACACACGUAGGUAGUGUCUCACACUUAUUCCGUCGGCCGUCACCAAUAUCUUGACGUAAGUGACUGCAACUGCGGCCCAUCGUACCGACUUUCACAUACGAAUCGCGGCUUCCGCCGACAUCUUAGCAAACUGGAAGACAUGGCUCAACAACCAAAUGCCAACGGCCGGUCUAAUGGCCCCGGCCGAGAUGACGAUAAGAAACUCUUUGUAGGUGGACUUGGCAGAACCAUCAGCGAAAAAGAAUUGCGUGAAUACUUUACCCAGUACGGUGAAAUUGAAAAUAUUAAUAUCAAAACCGACCCAUUCUCCGGACAGUCUAGAGGAUUUGCAUUUGUACAAUUUGUGAAUGCUAAGACUGUGGAUGAUUUGCUAGCUGCUGGAGAUCAUUUUAUUGCCAAUAAAAAAGUUGAUCCAAAAAGGGUUACAAAGAAAGUAAAUCCACUACGUUGUAAAAUUUUUGUAGGUGGUUUAACAUCUGAAAUGACAGAACAAGAUGUACGAAAUUAUUUUGUUCAAUUUGGUCAAAUAUCUGAGUAUCAACAACCAUUUGAUAAAAUGAAAAAUCAAAAAAAAGGUUUUUGUUUCAUCACAUUUGAAGAUUCUGAAGUUGUUAAUCAAGUUUUAAAAAAUCCCAAACAAGUUAUUAAUGGCAAAGAAGUAGAUGUUAAAAAAGUAAAGUUUAACCCUGAAACAAUGACAGCUCCAGGAACACGAGCUGGUCCAAUUGCUGCUAGAACUCCUGCUACUUUUGGCAUGAGACCAGCAUAUCCUGGUUAUAUGACACCAACCACGGCAUCACCCUAUGGUACUGCUGCAGACUAUGGUUAUGCUGCUAAUGCCUAUGAUGCAUAUGGAGCAUAUGGAGGUUAUGACUAUUCCGCAAUUGGCUAUGGCAGUGGUGGUUAUUCAGCACAAGCUUAUGGAGGUGGCAAAUAUCGAGAAGCCACAUAUCCUCGACAUGCGCCAUACUAAAUGCAAGACGCAAGUAUAACGUUUGACGAAUAAUCAUGGCGGACACAUUAAGACUGUGUUAUAAUUAUUCAUUUUACCAUAAUUUCUGUAUAAUAUUAAAUAUUUACUACCGUAAAACCAUAACACAAUAUUAAAUGUUAUAUUAUACAACAGUUUGUUAUAAUUUAUAACAAAAUGGUAUGCCUAAUUGAACAGGUCACAUUUUAGGUCUACGUAUGAUGUAAAUAAAUGUUUAUAAUUUUUUGUACAUCAUCAUCUUAGUAACCAAAAAAUGGUACUUUAAAGUUAGGGACUACAACAGCAACUUCGAUGUAAAUUUUUUCCAAUAGCAUCUUUGACAUUUUCUCUUAACUUUCGAGUUUCCUCAAUACCUAUGUUAAAUAUUUGUAUUUUGUUGUUGAUUAAUUUUGUUUUAAGUCACUAUAUUUUUGGCGUCUACUUAGUCCAUUCUGGCUUUGUGAAUAUUAUUAAAAUUUUAUAAGUCCAAAGAUUAAAAGUAUUCCCACAUUUUAUGUUGAGUGUUACAGCUUGACUUUAAAAAAAAAAAAAUUGUACAUUUUUGUUUGAUAACAUAUAUACCAUAAAUAUAUAUAUAUAUAUAUAUUUGAGUAAAAACAAUUCCAAUUAUUUGAUGUAUAUUCUUGUAUUACCACAUUUUUAUGUUUUAUAUUCUCAAGACAAGUUUGAGGAUAGAAAUCAAUUAAUUUAAAGGUCUUGAGCAUAACUAAUGUGGUUUUUUCGGUGAAAUGUCUGUUCAAUAGGUUGUAUUAGAAUUAAGUUAUAUUUCAUUUCUUUUCAUAUAAUAUACAUAUUUUAUUCA